CACUCGCAUAUCUCACUCAAUCGAGGAACGCACCACUAUUAUGAUUAUGGAAUAUUUUUGUUUGCAUACAACGCAUAUCGAACAACUAUAAAUUUCACAAUAUGCAUGCAGGCUGUACAUCGACUGACGGUGCCUUUUGAACGCUCCUUAUGUUACUGGUGUACGUGGAGACAUGUACAUGUUGACGUGUAAAACCAUACUCAGACAUGUCGCAAAGGAAUCCUAUUCUAACCCUUACAACUCGUGGAAAUUGCAGCUAGUUAAAAAAAAAUAAUUCGCAGGCCGUUGGGGUGCAUCAACAAAUAUACACUAUUAUUAUUAUUUUAUUAUUAUUAUUGAACCCUGGAAUUUUCUUCGUACUGGAAUCAAAUCAUGAUGCGAGUCACUUGGAGUCACAACGUAUUGUGCCAUGCCAUAGUCAUCACAAUGUGCACAUUUGUCUCUAGCAGCUCGGUUCGCCUGUAUGGCGGAUCUUCAGAAAAGGAGGGCGUGGUUCAUGUAAAGGUGGCUGAUAUUUGGAAAGGCAUAUGCAAUGAUGGAUGGGAUGCUCUGGAUGCCAUGGUCACGUGUAGGCAGCUGGGAUUCACGCAAGGAUACGCCAUGCUAUUCAACGAUGAUUACGUUCAACCCCCUCGUAAAACUACAGAUGUCCCUUUGGUUGAUAUCACUAUGAAGGAUAACUGGGGUGCUGCGGAUUAUGUAAAUGAUGAUGAUUAUGGAGAACAGGGGUCAAAGACCGAAGCUUUUGGUCUAGGGUCAACCGAGUUUUUCAUGAUCAUUGGAAAUGAAUUCGCUUGCAACGGAAGUGAGGAAACUCUCUUGUCCUGCCUAUACAAGCCAUUCAACGGGUACUGUAGAAAACGGGCCGGAGUAGUUUGCGACAUCACUCCUCAACAAUUUAACCUACUCCUCGCCAACGUCCAGGGUGAUUAUCAAGCUCUUUCUUACACCAUCGCCCCGAAUGGCCAUCCGAAAGGCCGAGUGCUAGCCGUUCAGAAACGAGACUAUACUCGUGUGAUUGUCACCGGCGGUGUUUGUGAUCUUGGUGAAAAGGUUGCUCCCAUAAUGUGCGACGAUACACAGGGAUACACCAAUGGCGGAAGGGUAACACAGCCACCUAACUUCGAAAACCUACCAAUGCUUGUCAAUAGGCUAUCGUGCAAUAGUGCAUACUGGAUAGGGGUCUGUGACGCUGAGUUCUCCGUUGAUGGCGCUUGUCCUGCUGGGGUCCAUGGAAAGGGCGUCGAGUGCUACACAACAAUGAGGCUGUCCGUCAUGGGAACAUUGGUCUUCGCUGGCGUCGCAACCAUAACCAUCCUCAUCGUCGGUAUAUGUUCUAUUCAUUGGAUCAGGAAAGAUAGGAAGUCAGGUUUUAACCAUUCCAUUCUCAGAAUGAGUGAUGAUGGCGGACCUGUGUCGAACUAACCAUGGCAUCACACGUGACAACUUUUACUUGUCCUGUCACGAGGUUCGUCUCAAGAACAAAAAACUUUGAUUUUAGGCCUGAUCUCACUGGCUGACAGACACAAAACGUAUUCAUAACGGAUACAUCGGACAGGCAAAAUUUCGGGGUGGCUCCAUCCGUUUUCAUCAGUUCCAGACAAUGGACACAAUGAGCAAACAAUGAAAUCACAGUGGACGGAUGCUCGAUGGAUAUAGAGUGUAUGAAACACGUAUGCAAAGAGUACAUACAUGUAACGGAUACAUAACGUUUUCCAUCGGAUGGCAAGAGCCUUCCGCUUCCUCUCUGCAUCCGUAAGUGCAGUGGGACCAAGCCUUUAGAAUCGUCUCACGAAAAGUAUAAACGGAAGUUGUACAUUUCGAUCUGCACUUGAAGUGUUGACACUCCAUUAAAAAUUAUUUUCAUUGGAAAACGGAAUGCAAUAUUUGUUUGGUAAUAGUUGUCAUUAUACUCUGAAAUAUUAAAGUGAUGAUUGGACUUCUGACAUUUUAUACUAAGAUUGUUAUUUCAGUGCAUUAUAUUACUUAAAGAUAAAUGCCAAUUGUAAACACUCAAAAUGAGUUCAUGCAUGAUCGAAUGAAAGAAAAAGUCAAGUGUCUUAAGCAUGCAUAUGGAAAUAAUGUGCCUAAUUAUUCUAAUAGACAUGUUGUCGUUGCUGAGAAAAUAGUAAAAUUAACAUUGCAUUUCAGAAAAAAAUAUACGUAUCGUGUUUUCAAUGUAGAUUUCUGGAUUUCGCAAGGUUCAGUUUUUGUAAGAGUACCUGGACCAGAUCUACUGGGUCAAUGGGAAUAAUCUAUGUUGACAAUAAUCAUUGGUUUUUAUCGUGCAAUUACUCUCAUUUUCAUUCUUUCAUUUAAACCUCAUGCUAUACAAAUGUUAGACCUACAGAGGAUAACUGUUGAAGAGUUUACGUUAUAAUAAGAAACAACGUCUCUAGAACAUUUGUAGAAAGAAAAGUUUUCAAAUGUUGGUUUUACUAAAGUAAUUUCUGAUAUCGUUUCGGAAAGUCAAGCUUUGUGAAACACUCAAAUGGAAAACAUAUCAAAGCUGAAAACGUCUCUUAAAUUGCCAACCAUCAUGACAAAUUUGUCAACACUCACAUGCCUUUGGGAACGUACUUCCUCAGCUAGCAUGGUGUCACCUUAUGGAAAUCUAAAAUAAAUUUAACUUAAACCAAAAAGAAGACUGGGGAUCGAAGCCCGGAACCGAUGACUCCGGAACAUGAAAGAACCCGGUCUCAACGAUUUAUUUUCUUCUCCAGAUCUCACGCAAAUCUAUCAAAGACUACAUUUGCGUCUGCGGUUCUGAAAUCACGCAACACCGUGUAAGUACAUAUUAUGUUCAAAUUUGCUCAAAAAAGCGAUGGGGGUAGAGGAUAAAAUCCGAUGGAAAUUCAUGCCUAGCCGAAAUUCAUGUUGCUGCCAUUUGUGAUUAGAACUUUAUCGUUCGUCGCCCAGGCAUCUAUUAUCAUUGUAGUUGCCGGUAUCUGUGGAAUAUGCCGGGUACAGCGAUACAGCAAGAAUGCUCCUGCUGACACGAGACAAAUCUAUCUUGCAGUCAGUGGAAACGAGUACUAUUCACCUGGCCAGGCAACCUAACAACCAUCUCGCUGAUUCUAACUGAAUCUGAUGAGAAGACAGUGAACCUAGUUUGAUAGACUACUAACUUCAUUUGUGGCAUGGAUACAUGAAGAGUUUAGUUGCAAAAGGGGUUAGGUCCACUGUGGACCAUUCUGAGAAAAA